AUGCCUGCCUGCGGACGCUUCGCCUGUCCGGGGAUAAAUCACGUGGCAAAUGACUACAAACAAUGUGUCCUCGUGUUUGUUGAUUGUGAUCGAACCGUUGUCAUCAACAAAGAAAUCAAAUUUGCAUCGGAGAAAGCUAAACUCGGCUACUCAGAAACCAAGAAGAUCAUUCGUGUGGCGGAAAGCGUUGGCUUCUCGGCAGUGAGAAGCGGUGAUGUGGAGCCGUACAAACCAGGACACGCGGAAAAAAAGUACGUCACGAUCUUUUCGGAUGACGGAAACAUUCGCUGCUCAUGUAAACCGAUUGGAUGCAACGAUAGUGUUCUCGUCAAUCAGGACGGCUUUGUGAAAUUGACGGAGCCGGGCCACGUGUGGACUCCGAGAGCUGGAAAU